AUGACUACGCCGUCCUUUUCUCGCUUGCAGUUGGCUGCAGCGCUAAUAGAGUAUGAUAAUGAUACCAGCAAUCCAGAGGCACCGUACCGCUCGGCGCAUGACUCUGCCAUCUUUGCGCAUCUGCGACAAAAUGGCAUGAUGAGACCGCCAACUGAACGACGGCAAAGCGACUAUCUCGGGGUGUCGGUACCCAGUGAGAGUGGUAGUUUGGGAGGACGCGAGUCGGCAUUGGAGACGAGACGUUCGCGGGGCUCAAGUGAUGCGCUCCGGAAUCCUUUUGCCCAGGGUGGGGACGACACACCAGAGGAAGACGAUCGCUCGCAUGAAAACCUUGAAGUCGAUCUCGCAUCUUGGGGACUGGACGCUUUCAUGCCGAAGGAGAAAGGUGCGAAGGGAAAGGGAAAGGGCAAAGCUGCCCAAUUGCCCAAUCCCCAUGACAGAGCACCACAACACUCCCGUGGGGAAAGCGAGCACACCUCACGCAGAUCCUUGGGUCAUCGUUCCAUGAGCCUAGGGAACAUGGACGUUCCGGAGGAUGGCUCAUUUCCUGCCGUUCUAACAGAAGAGAAUAGGCGGCAAUCUUUUAGUUCUCCUCUUGAUGCUAUUGGUGCGUCACGAGACGGGCCCUCUUCACAACCCUUCGACGAUGCCCCAAUACCUUUCCCUAGUAAAUCUGUACGCUCCCCGUCCCCGGCGCCUAGCCAUGUCCUUAGCGAAGGGGGUAGAAACAGAGCCAACUCCAGUGGCACGAUGGCGACCGCGUUACUGCAAGAGGAUAACCCAUUCGCACUCGAACCACCUAAACAUGCUUCUCGGUUCGAUCCUAAAGCAGCCUUACAUGCACGUACUGUUUCGAACGCGUCUCUGGGUUCCAGAAUACUCUUGGAGAACGACGGCGCUUCUGUCAUGACCGGUGUCACUGGGCAACGUAGAGAUCGGCCAUAUUCUACAGUAGAGCUUUUGCGUCCCAAAAUCCUUGUCAUGCCUAGUCCACUACAAUCUGCGAACAACGGUACUGCACCACCUCCUGUAAACCGAGCUCAAGAUGGUUUCGAAAUCUCCACCGAUGGUCCACCUUUGCCUCCUGGCGCUCGCACUGUUCGCCCUGCUUCCAUAGCGAUGUUGGGAUCUUCAUCUUCUCUCCUCCCUCCCGUUCCUUCAAAUUCGUUUAUCCCGAAUCCCCGAAGCAGCCUCACACUAUCACAACUAACUUUCCGCAACGAGCUCAUGGUCGGCGGUCAACGUGACGUAGCAUAUGCUGAUCUAGACCGUAACCUCCCGCGCGCGACACAGGAGGGAGAGCAGAUUAAUACUGCUCUACCUGACCAGGCUCCCGACCUUCCCCUUCCCCUUGAGGACCCUUCCAAGAAGGGAAGACCAGCUGGCAAAUUGUAUGGCACCAGUCUCAUUGACGAACUCGAGAAUAGAAAAAUACAAAUGCGAAGCAAACAACGGGUAUUUACUGGCGACCAGCGGCCGUCCAUGAUGGCCCGCGGUCAAGUUCGUUCAAGCACACUGAUAGACCCUGCUACUUUGCAACCACCUCCAAAUCGGAGCAGCGCAUUUGGCAUGCCUCCUACUUCGCCUCACCCUCAGAACCUCACCCCUCAUAAUCUUGCUCGCUCGAGCACGCUGAUAGAUCCUGCUACCCUGGCAGCGCCUCCAGCUCGCGCCAGUACAUUUGGCAUACCUGAGACCUCACCUCAGAAUUUGACUCGCCGGAACUCUAGCAUGAAACCGUUACUUAACUUCGACGACGACGCCCAACCAAGAGAGUCAAAGACAUUGAACAGUCGAUCGGUGUUCGGUGUCGAUACUCUCUGGGAAAGAGAAAUGGCCAAGCUCAAGGAAAUCGAAGAACAAGAAAAGCUCGAGGCAGCAGCUCGUGAGUUGGAGGAGAACAAGUUGGCAGACAAGAAGAGCAAGAAGAAAGGAAAGAAGAAAGGCAAGGGACAGGAAACGCCGGACGAGACGCCGACCUCCACUCCUGUGAUAGGGCAAGAAGAAGCUGUCCCAAGAGUCUCUGCUGAACCUCCCAUCCUUCCCGAUAUCCCGAAGGCCGUUCGUCGCCCUCCCCCACCCACGGACAACGACGAGGAGAGCGAGGAGAGCGAGGAUGAUGAUGAGCCCCCCGCUGGCAGGCUCAGUGAAACGAUUGAGACUAAAGGAUGGGGUUCGUCUGACGAAGAAGUUGACCAGGGUCCCAGACGUACAACAGGUACAGGUCUGCGAUACCCAGCUAAAUCACAACGACGUCGGGCAGCCCGGCAGAACGACGACAGCGAGGAAGAUCUGCCGCUAUCCAUGGCUAUCGACAAGGUAGCGCAGAGGAGGACUCGAGCGUUGGGGCAAGACGAUGAUUCUGAUGAAGAGAAGCCUUUGUCGACUUUGUUACCCAAGUCGUCCUCCCGUUCUCAGCACUCGGUCCGCUCGAACACCCGACUUGCCGUAAACGAGGAUGAUGAUGAUCAACCUCUAGGUCUUCGGGCUUCAAGGGUGUUGCCGUCUACCGAUGCAGGAGGUGAUGAUGAUGAUACGCCGCUAGCAUUCCACCCCGAUCAGCAGCGCCGGACACAGUAUCAAAUGAUGGCUCAAGCGCAACAACAACAACAAUUUAUGAUGCAGGCUCAAAAUAAUAUGUUCUUCAAUCCAGCAAUGAUGACCUCUGGCUUCUUCGGGCCCCCAGUGCAGCCGCCCAUGAUGGCACCAGCUCCGAUACCGAUACCGAUGCCCAUACCAUCACCCCCUCCUUUGCCAGAUUCGGUGAAAUUCGGACGUGUCGAUCGCUGGCGCCAUGAUGUCGCAGUAGAGGGUAGCCGUUAG